AUGUUCAGCCGCUCGGGAUACCAGGCUCUUCCCCUGGGAGACUUUGACCGCUUCCAGCAGUCCAGCAUCGGGCUCUCUGGGGCUCAGAAGGGCUUCUUCUCCUUCGGAUUCAAGGAAGACCCGCUGGGGGCGGCUGGGAGUACCGCAGACUCCUCCCAGGGUUGGCUGUCCUGGAUCUGCCAUGGGAUUAUCACCUUCUUGGUCUUCUUGCUGAUGGUGCUCACCUUCCCCAUCUCAGGAUGGUUCGCCUUGAAGGUUGUUCCCACCUAUGAGCGAAUGAUCAUCUUCCGCCUGGGCCGCAUCCGGGCGCCGCAGGGACCUGGUGUGGUCCUGCUGCUGCCCUUCAUCGACCACUGGCAGCGAGUGGAUCUGAGGACGAGGGCCUUCAAUGUGCCCCCUUGCAAGCUGACCUCCAAGGAUGGGGCGGUCAUCUCCAUGGGUGCCGACGUCCAAUUCCGAGUGUGGGACCCUGUGUUGUCCGUCAUGAUGGUGAAGGACCUCCUUGCAGCCACCCGGAUGAUGGCGCAGAACGCCAUGACCAAGACCUUGGUGAAGAAGAGCCUCCAUGAGAUCCAGGUGGAGAAGCUGAGGAUCGGGGAGCAGCUGCUGCUGGAGAUGAAUGACAUGGUCAAGUCCUGGGGCCUGGAGGUGGACCGGGUGGAGCUGAGCAUGGAGGCUGUGCUGCAGCCACCCCGAGAGAACGUGGUGGGGCCUCUGGACGCUGUGCCACUCGUGCCCGGGCUGGAGGGGCUGGAUGGCACCAUUCAGCAGCUGGCUGCUCGUUUCUUCAGCAACACACUGGCUCUGGCAGGCAGUGGGACCGGUGCUCCAGAGGCAGCAGAUAGAGUGGAGAUGGUGAGCGAAGUGGAGCCUCCCACUGCUCCCCUCCUUGGAAGGAAGACCGGCAUGGACGAGCUGCUCUUGGCAGUGGAGCCUGUCCUCUCCGAGGCCCUGGUGGGCCAGGUGGGAGCAUCCUACCAGGUCAACAUCGCCCUGCCCUGUGGCUCCCAGAGCACCUACUUCAUAGACCUCUCCUCAGGCCGUGGGCAGGCUGGCCGUGGUGUGCCCCAGGGCAGCCCCGAUGUCAUUCUGGAGGUGGCAGAGAAAGACCUGCAGGACCUCUUCUUGGGUGACCUGCGCCCCUUGAGUGCCUACAUGAGUGGGAAGCUGCAGGUGAAAGGCGACCUGCACCUCGCCUUGAAGCUGGAGGAGCUGGUCAAGGCAAUGAAGCAACAGAGAUAG